UCAUUCUUUCAGUUGAGAAAAUCUUUUCCAUGUUGUCCGCAACUGUGAUGAAAAAAGAAGCCCCUCUAGCCAGAGACUGAACUUAUCUACCAGGAAAAUACCAUUUACAGGACUUGUCAUGUCUCCCUUUCUACGUAUCGGUUUAUCCAACUAUGACAGUGGCCCCUACCUGCCAUCCCAAGGGGAGGUGAUUAACCCUUACUGUGCGGUGAUGGUUAAAGAAGCCGUGGAGUCAGAAAAUGGUCAAGUGUAUGUGCAGAAGAAGCCCACCAUGUACCCACCCUGGAACAGCACUUUCGACGCCCACAUCAACAACGGCAGGGUCAUGCACAUCGUUGUCAAGGACAAAAGUGCCGAAAUGGUUUCAGAGACCACGGUGGAACUUAAGGUGCUGGCGGAGAGGUGCAAAAAGAGCAAUGGGAAGACGGAGAUAUGGCUAGAACUGAAACCUCAAGGCCGAAUGCUGAUGAAUGCAAGAUACUUCCUGGAAAUAAGUGACGCAAAGGACCUGGCUGACUGUGAGACUGAAGGCUUUUUCUCCUUGCACCAGCGCAGGGGAGCCAUCAAACAGGCCAAAAUCCAUAAUGUCAAGUGUCAUGAGUUCACGGCCACCUUUUUUCCACAACCCACCUUCUGCUCUGUCUGUCAUGAGUUUGUAUGGGGUCUGAAUAAACAAGGCUAUCAAUGCAGACAAUGUAACGCUGCCAUUCAUAAGAAGUGCAUUGAUAAAGUAAUAGCCAAGUGUACAGGAUCAGCAAUCAAUAGCAGGGAAACAAUGGUAUUAAAAGAGCGGUCCAAGAUCGACAUGCCUCACCGCUUCAAAGUCUACAACUACAAGAGCCCAACUUUCUGUGAUCACUGCGGCACACUCCUCUGGGGCCUUGCACGGCAAGGACUGAAGUGUGAUGCAUGCAGCAUGAACGUCCAUCACAAGUGCCAGACAAAAGUAGCAAACCUUUGUGGAGUUAACCAGAAAUUAAUGGCUGAAGCUCUGGCAAUGAUAGAGAGCACCCAGCAGGCUCGCUGUCAGCGUGACACUGAACAGAUCUCCAGGGAUGGACCUCUUGAAAUUGGCUUCCCAGUUCCCGUGAAGGAGGUAAAACCACUUCAGGCAUUGCCAGCAUCUACAACAGGAAAAAAAGAGCCACAGGGCAUCUCCUGGGAGACUCCGGUGGAGGGCACAGUGAAGGGGGAGUCUCUAAUAGAGUCAGAUUUUGGAGAACAACCCCAGGAGCAAGAAGAGCACCAAGUGCAUCUAAAACUAACCAUUGAAGAUUUUGUCCUGCACAAGAUGCUGGGGAAGGGCAGUUUUGGCAAGGUGUUCCUUGCAGAGCUGAAGAGCACAGACCAGUAUUUUGCCGUGAAAGCCCUGAAGAAGGAUGUGGUGCUGAUGGAUGAUGAUGUCGAAUGUACAAUGGUAGAGAAGAGAGUCCUUUCCCUAGCUUGGGAGCACCCAUUCCUGACUCAUGUCUUCUGUACGUUCCAGACCAAGGAAAACCUCUUUUUUGUGAUGGAAUACCUCAAUGGAGGAGACCUAAUGUUCCAUAUCCAGAGCUGUCAUAAGUUCGACCUUCCCAGAGCAACGUUUUAUGCUGCUGAAAUCAUAUGCGGGCUCCAGUUCCUCCAUUCCAAGGGCAUAAUAUACAGAGACUUGAAGCUAGACAACGUUCUCUUGGACAAUGAGGGGCACAUCAAAAUUGCUGACUUUGGGAUGUGCAAGGAGAACAUGUUUGGAGAUGCGAAGACAAGUACUUUCUGUGGGACUCCUGACUAUAUCGCUCCUGAGAUAUUGCUGGGGCAGAAGUACAACACGUCCGUUGACUGGUGGUCCUUUGGUGUCCUCCUGUAUGAGAUGCUUAUUGGCCAAUCUCCUUUCCACGGCCAAGAUGAAGAGGAGCUUUUCCAGUCUAUCCGUAUGGAUAACCCGUUCUACCCUCGCUGGCUUGACAAGGAUGCAAAGGACAUUUUGGUGAAGCUUUUUGUGAGAGAACCUGAGAGGAGACUGGGAGCAAGAGGGAACAUCCGCCAGCAUGCCUUUUUCCGGGAAAUAAACUGGGAGGCUUUAGAAGAAAGAAGGAUGGAGCCUCCUUUCAAACCAAGAGUGAAAUCGCCGAGUGACUGUAGCAACUUCGACAAGGAAUUUCUAAACGAAAAGCCUAGACUGUCCUGUGCCGACAGAGCACUGAUUAACAGCAUGGACCAAAAUAUGUUCAGCAACUUUUCUUUUGUGAACCCUAAAAUGGAGAAAAUAUUUUCCUGAGAUCUGCCUUAUUGAAGGAAUUCUCUGGAAUAGUUUGAGUAACACUUUGUCUGAAGACUGUUCAUAGUAAUGUUUAUCAAGAACCCUCCGGAAAACCACCUCAGUGAAAGUUUGUACCAUACCUG